ACAUCAAGACCUCUGCCACCAACUUGACGGUCCCUCCCGCCACCUCCCGCCCCGAGCCACUACACCUGCACGUUUUCUUUUGAAAACCCUCAAGGUGUAGAUAGGACAAGAAGAAAAGAGAGAAUUGAGAAACCGAUAUCCAUAUUCAAUCGCACGUGGGUCGUUUAGAAGACAUACGUAGGCUCCCCUUGCUUGAAGCGUAAAAGAGCAUACAUAGCGCGAGAUGUCUGCUUCACCCACCCACCCGACCAAUCCGGCUAAACGCCCUCUGGAGGAUGCUUCAUCCCCUUCGCGAGGCAACGACCAACCCGAGGCCAAGCGACUAGCCCUCGACAAGGUCAUUAGCAAUGGUAACGAGGAUAAGAAAAUUGACAUCCUGGAGAGAAAUGGGGACGACCUCCCGACGCCUACGGGGCUGAACGGCACGGCCAAACCCGAGUUUGCAGAGAUUCCAAAAGCCGAGGCCAAGGACGAUCAAGGGGAUACCGUCGUGACUGAUGCCAGCGAAUCCAAGUUCAUUGCGAGCACCGGUGCUACUGGAGCAGUACCCAGCACCCCCGCCAAUAGCCAGGAUGAGACGGCGUGGAUCCAUAUCCGCGCUGUUAUCUCCAGCCCCGAGGCCGCCACCAUCAUCGGCAAAGGUGGCGAGAAUGUGUCCAACAUCCGGAAGCAAUCUCACGCCAAGUGCACCGUUAGUGACUAUCAGAAGGGUGCCAUAGAACGCAUUCUUACAGUUAGCGGAGUGGUGGAGGCUGUGGCCAAGGCGUUUGCGUUAAUCAUUAGGACGCUAAAUAACGAGCCGCUGACGGAGACAUCCAACGCCCAGUCGAAGACUUACCCUCUUCGCCUUCUCAUCCCCCACGUCCUCAUAGGUUCCAUCAUCGGAAAGGGGGGGGUUCGAAUUCGCGAGAUUCAAGAGCUGUCGGGAGCGAGGCUCAACGCCUCCGAUUCUUGCCUUCCCCUGUCGAGCGAACGCUCCCUCGUGGUGAUGGGCGUAGCUGAUUCCGUCCACAUCGCAACUUACUAUGUAGCCAACACUCUCCUUGAGCAGCUUAAGGAGCGCUUCGGCGGCCCGGCUGCAUCUGCUUACGCUACCCGAAGUGGUGGGCCCGCUGGUGUCGUGCCCGGGGGCAUGCAAGUCGUUCCGUACUGUCCGCAGCCAGCUGGCGGUAACUUCGGCCAUCGCGAGAAUUACGGAAGGCGGCCAGAUCCCAGAUCCCACCAGGCACCACCGGCACCGUACGCACAGCCGUAUAACCCCCACGCGGCGACACCGCAACCCAACCCGAGCGUCCCGAUGCACUAUGCGCCUCAGACUGCUGCUGGUUACGGUACCACGCCACACAUCCCGCCUCACCACGCCGGUCACGUAGCCGGUCCGCACGCUCACGGAGGUCCUCCGGCCCAGCCGAUGCACGGCGCCAUCGCCGGUGCGCCAUUGACCCAGCAGAUAUUCAUCCCCAACGACAUGGUCGGGGCCAUCAUCGGUAAGGGUGGCCAGAAGAUCAACGAGAUACGACAGAUCAGCGGCAGCGUCAUCAAGAUCAAUGAACCUCAAGAUAAUAGCAACGAGCGCUUAGUCACGAUCACGGGCACCGAGGAAUGUAACAGAAUGGCACUGUACAUGCUCUAUUCUCGGCUGGGUGAGCUCCGCAACGACCACUCGGCUCCCAAAAAGGGCAACUUUAACUAAUCAUAACCAUGACGGGACAGAAAGCGAGAAGCACCGCAUCUAACGAGUUUUAUGACGAGACGACUGUUCCCCUCC